AAAAUGCCGUACGGGGCAAUAGCCUCGGUGAAGAUCCCGUUCGGGUUAUGGUUUGUGGUGCUGGUUGGUGGUGUGAUGUGGUGUGGCGCCAACGCCCAGAACUAUAACGCACCCUCGAAGGCCGUCAGUGAGCAGUUGGUUGCGGCAAUUAACGAUCUGGCACGGAAGCUCGGACAGCAGCUCGGCGCUUCCGGUGGUAACAGCAGCAAGACGGAACUGUUCUCACCGGUCAGCAUCGGCAGCAUGAUGUUCUUGCUGUUGCGUGCAGCGAAUCGUGACACACGGUACGAGCUGCUCAAUGUACUGCAGCUCGAACAGUUCCGUGCGGCUAACAGUGGGAACAUACCGAAAAACUUUGCCCGUUUGCUGAAGGAGUUCACGCACGACAUCGCGGGAAGGGGAAUACUGGAGGAGCUGCCGGAGUGGCACACGUCUAGCAGCUGCUACCCACGGAUGGAGGGUUUCGAUUAUGAGGAUGAUGAUGAUGAUGAUAAAUACCUUGAUGAGCCGAUUCAGCCCAACGUGGUGCAGCUUGCCAAUGGGAUAUUUCUACAGCAAGGGCUGAUGAACAGUACCAACUUUGUCCGACUGGCCAAAGAGUUGUACCAGGCCCAGAUCGAGCAGGUUAACUUCAAGGACCAACCACAUAUAGCGCGCGCCACCAUCAACCACUGGGUGAACGAAAGUACCCGUGGGCGCAUCGAGGAGAUACUGCCGGACGAUCUGGACACCAGCACGCAGAUGGUCAUUGCCAAUGCGCUCUACUUCAAGGCCACCUGGGAAACGUUCUUCAACGAGCCACAGUUCACCCGCGACCAGCCCUUCUUUCCCGACGGUGAGGACCAACCAGCCGUAAUGGUGCCCACGAUGUUUGCCAGCGGUUGCUUCCCGUACUACGCCUCACCCGAGCUGAACGCACGAAUUAUGGCCUUCCCGUACCGUAACCGUACCACGUCCAUGUACAUCAUCCUGCCGAACGACUCGAACCGUGCCAAGGUUCGGCAGCUGCAGGCACAGCUCAGCUCUGCCGCGCUCGAUCAACUGAUCGGGCGCAUGCGGUUGCAGAAAGCGAUCGUACAGUUCCCACGGAUGCACGCCACCAACACGUACGAUUUGAAGCGAGCGCUGCAGCAGCUCGGUCUGCGGACACUGUUCGAUCGGACGAAGAAUAAUCUGAAAAUUGCGGCCUCGAACGGCCGCAGCGGUUCGGAAGGUCGGUCGAGAAAGCUGUACGUCAGCGAGAUGGUGCACAAGAUCGAUCUGGACGUUAACGAACGGGGCACGGAGGGUGGCGCGGUAACGAUCACCGCCAUGGAACGAUCCCUACCACCGGUGAACUUUCGCGCGAGGGGACCGUUUAUACUUGCCAUACGUCACGAUCCAACGAAGAUGCUGCUGUUCUAUGGUGCUGUAUUUGAUCCUUCGUAA